AUGUCAGAAGCUUGUAUCGUUUGCUGGGUCGAGGACAAGGUCCCUGUGUCCAACCGUUCAACCACGGAAAUAAAAGAAGCAUACGAAAGGGCAAAAUCAACUCUCUAUCUCUGCGAAGAACACCUUAGAGAAUCCUCACUUCCGUCUCAGUGCACACCCGAGACUCAGACACAGAGAUUGGUCAACGUGACCUGCCACAUAGCGAAAAAAGCGUCUCAGGCUGCUUACGAUAAGCUGCUUAAAGAUUACCCGCUCAUCGUACAAGGCUCGGAGGUCGUUGCAGCCAAAAUCCAACAGCUUGCGAACUUACCGGUGGUAACAAAUGGCGCCAAACUUAUCAUCGAGAAUGCGACUAUGAUUGCAAACAGUGAGAUUGUUGUCGAGGGUUCUAAGCUCAUUGUGGAGGACGUGGAGAAGCUAAAAGUGGGCGCACGACGUAUGUUACAUGCGGGGGCAAAAAGAGUUUGCGAAGCCACUGCUGAGGGCACGAUGGAUGACGUGAGAUAUUACCACGAAGCAGAGAACAGGGUAGACUCUGAGGACGAGGAGUGUGUCUUGAUAUGA